AUGGAACAAGUGCAUCCGAGUAAAACAACGAUAGACGCCAGUGAUCCCGCCGAACAACAUUUUCUGAAAACACAUGCUCGUAGAGAAGAUGGUGUUUAUAUUGUUCAAUACCCAUUCAAGGAGCCCCGCACGCCAAUUGGCUCCACUUUGCCACAGGCUUUAAACCGCUUCGCCGCUUUGGAAAGGAAAUUUAGAAGAUUCCCCGCACUCAAACAACAAUAUGUGGAUUUCAUGGAUGAUUAUUUAAAUCGAGGACAUAUGGAAUUGAUUCCGGCUGCUGCAGGCGGUGAGGAUCCCGCACGCUACAACUAUUUGGCACACCAUGCAGUUUUUAAGCCAGAUAGUACUACCACACGUUGCCGAGUGGUAUUUGACGGCUCUGGAAAGGAUUCCACGGGUCAUUCUCUUAAUUCGCGACUGCAUAUAGGACCACCUAUUCAACGGGACUUAAUUGGAGUAUGCCUUCGAUUUCGUCAGCAUCGUUAUGUAUUUUGUGCAGACAUCGAGAAGAUGUUUAGAGGCAUUUUGGUGUCGGACGAACAUACACAGUACCAACGCAUAGUUUGGAGGAAGGAUGAAAACGCUACGCUGGAUCAUUAUCGACUGUUGACAGUAACAUAUGGAUUAGCUUCAUCGCCGUUUAUUGCAGUUCGAGUUCUUAAACAGCUCUCAAAUGACUAUGCCGAAUUGUAUCCCACCGCUGCUGUCGUGCUCAACAGAGACGCGUACGUUGAUGAUAUUCCUACUGGGUGCGACAACAUCAAGGAUCUCAUUGCACUCAAAGAUGAAUUGAUUCUGCUUCUUAGCGAAGCUCAAUUCAAAUUGCGAAAGUGGAGCUCAAACUGUUACGCCCUUUUAAAGUCGUUGCCAAAGGAGAUUUGUGAGUAUCCACCAGAGGAUUUAGAGGAAGACCGCUCAAUUCGAUUUGUUAAAGUCCUGGGAUUGUGUUGGGGACCAAAACCGGACUAUAUUUUCUUCAAAUUAGAAACCCCCGCAUUUACGACUGCUCUUACUAAACGCAUAUUGCUUUCAGAACUAGCCAAGAUCUACGACCCGCUGGGUUUGCUUUCGCCAACUGUUGUUUUUCUGAAGAUCCUAUUUCAAGAUAGUUGGCUAAGUUCUGUCGAUUGGAAUGAAGUACUACCGCAUCAAAUAUGUACACGAUGGCAACAGUUUGCAUCGGAAAUGCAUUUAUUGGAAACUUGUCGAGUUCCUCGCUACAUAUCUGCACCACAUCAAGAAAUGGAACUGCACGGAUUUGCUGAUGCAUCAUCUCAAGCGUAUGCUGCCGUCAUCUAUAGCCGCGUCGAAGUCAACAAUGGAUAUGCUGUCAAACUGAUUAUGGCUAAAACUCGCGUAGCCCCUAUUAAGCCUAUCUCCAUUCCGCGACUAGAGUUAAACGCAGCUCAUUUACUCUCUAAACUGAUUUAUCUGGUCAAGCAAUCAUUAACUGUUCCUAUUUCCAGAAUUAAUUGUUGGUCAGACUCUGAAAUAGUCCUGCAUUGGCUAUCUUCUCCGCCUAGGACUUGGAACACCUAUGUUUGCAACCGCACUGCUGAAAUUCUAGAGGUUUGCCCACGCAGCUGCUGGCAACAUAUUCGAAGUGGUGAUAAUCCCGCAGACUGCGCAUCGCGAGGAGUACUGCCAAAGGACCUCGUGGAUCAUCAAAUAUGGUGGAAUGGACCACCUUGGCUAUCUCAGUCACGUUCAGCUUGGCCACCUGUUAAAGCUAAGUUUGUACUGUCGACAGAAGAAGAGGCCUGCCUAGAGAUGAAGGCUGAAACGAAAGUUAAUCUACACAUUUCCGACGACGGAAAUUCGCUAUCUUGUAUGAUCAACAAAUCCUCCUCAUGGUCCCGUUUAUUAAGGAUAGUCAGCUACUGCCUUCGCUUCGUUCAUCGUCUUCGUGAGAGGAAUCGACUUUCACCAUUCCUAUCGGCGUGGGAGCUACAAUAUGCACGAGCUAAGAUUUUUACGCACGCUCAAGAGGAGUUCUUCAACGUGGAGUACAAGCAGUUAACUACCGGACAGCCAUUGUCGAAGAAAUCGAAGUUGAUCCGCUACACACCCUUUUUAGACGAGCAGAGAGUAAUGCGUGUUGGUGGUCGCAUCGAUAAUUCUAUAGCUACUUAUGACGCAAAGCAUCCCAUUCUCCUUCCUAAGGAAUCUCCAAUAGCUGGUCUGCUAGUUCGCUAUCAACAUGCUGCAUUGUUACACGCUGGAGUCGAAUACACGUUUCAUAGUCUACGCCAAAGGUAUUGGAUUCUAGGAGCUCGGAACCUCGUCCGCAAAACUGUAUUCAAUUGCAGAACUUGCUUUCUGCAGCGAAGACACACGAGUUCUCAACUUAUGGCUGAUUUACCGGAGUUUCGAGUUCAACCCGCCCGUUGUUUCCUGCACACUGGAUUGGAUUAUGCUGGACCUGUGUCAAUCAAAACAUCGAAAGGCCGGACACCAAGAUUUGGCAAAGCUUGGUUUGCGAUCUUUGUCUGCCUAUCUACAAAAUCGAUUCACAUAGAAUUGGUCAGCGAUUUGACGACAUCCGCCUUUUUAGCCGCUUUCAAACGCUUUUGGUCUCGACGUGGACCUAUAUCGGAUUUAUACUCGGACAAUGGAACGACUUUCCAUGGAGCCAAAAGAGAUUUAGCUGAAAUGCAACGAAUGGCAAUAGCUCAAAGUCAAGAUGAAGAAAUUUCAAGCUUCAUGGCCAGCCACGAGAUUAAUUGGCAUUUCAUUCCGCCAUCUGCUCCCCAUUUCGGAGGCAUUUGGGAGACUGGUUUGAGAUCCAUAAAGCUGCACUUAAAACGAGUCAUUGGCAGCAGUGCCUUGACAUUCGAGGAGUGUCAGCCUCUCACUUCGGUACCAGAACCAUCUUUCCUGGAUGUAAAUAUCAACAGACUGCAGCGCUGGAGACAACUACAGGCCAAGGUUCAAGGUUUCUGGAAACGUUGGAAUCUCGAGUAUCUCAGCACGCUUCAACCUCGCACGAAAUGGCAUCAAGAUGCUCCAAAUGUUGCCGUGGACACACUGGUUGUGCUGAAGGAGCCCAAUCAACCGCCAAGCAAGUGGAUGCUAGGACGAGUCACCGAAGUUCAUCCUGGCCAGGAUCAGAGGGUUCGGGUGGUCACCGUUAAAACCGCCAAGGGAAUCUACAAGCGCCCUAUUACGAAAAUUGCUGUGCUUCCUUUGAACUGA